GAGAGAGAGAGAGAGAGAGAGAGAGAGAGAGAGAGCACUCUCAUUAAAAGACGAUCUAUGGUUUGACAGCCUCAGUGCUGCUCCUGCUGCUGCUUCUGUUACUGCGGCUGUGUGGUCUGUCAUGAGUUGAAAAGGGAUGUGAGGGUUUAGAGGAACUGCCGCUCUGAAGACUGAGCCUCUCUCUGCUGAGUGGUCUUCCUGCCAGACAGGCUGGACAAGAUUUCCUCUGCACGAUUGGAAACUUGGACCUAUUAGCACUUCAUCUACCCAGAGAAGCAAGCAGCGUGACAGAGUGCAGAGGGGAAAGAACUACCGAGAAAAACAAACAAACAAAAAGGUGAAGGCUGGAAAGAUGUUUUAAAGAGUCUCUGUGUCAGAGAAUCUUCAAGCCACUGAAAAUGGAGAAUGAUACCAUCAGCGAACUGAACCAAACCGAGCUCCAGCCACAAACAGCUGUGGCCCUGGAGUACCAGGUGGUCACCAUCUUACUUGUGGUCAUUAUUUGUGGACUGGGCAUUGUGGGCAACAUCAUGGUAGUCCUGGUGGUCAUGAGAACGAAGCACAUGAGAACCCCUACAAACUGCUACCUGGUGAGUUUAGCUGUGGCAGAUCUCAUGGUUCUGGUGGCUGCAGGCCUCCCCAACAUAACCGACAGCAUCUAUGGUUCCUGGGUCUAUGGCUAUGUUGGAUGCCUCUGCAUUACAUAUCUCCAGUACUUAGGAAUUAAUGCAUCCUCAUGUUCAAUAACGGCCUUUACCAUUGAGAGGUACAUAGCAAUCUGUCACCCUAUCAAAGCCCAGUUUCUCUGCACAUUUUCCAGAGCCAAAAAAAUCAUUAUCUUUGUCUGGACCUUCACAUCUAUUUACUGUAUGCUCUGGUUCUUCCUGCUGGAUCUCAAUAUCAGCACCUACAAAGAUGCUAUUGUGGUAUCCUGUGGCUACAAGAUCUCCAGGAACUACUACUCACCUAUUUACCUAAUGGACUUUGGUGUCUUUUAUGUCGUGCCAAUGAUUGUGGCCACUGUGCUUUAUGGAUUUAUAGCUAGAAUCCUCUUCUUAAACCCCAUUCCUUCAGACCCUAAAGAAAACUCUAAGAUGUGGAAAAAUGACUCAAUCCAUCAGAACAAGAAUUUGAAUUUAAAUGCUACCAACAGAUGUUUCAACAGCACUGUAUCUUCCAGGAAGCAGGUCACCAAGAUGCUCGCAGUGGUUGUAAUUCUGUUUGCCCUUUUAUGGAUGCCCUACAGGACUCUUGUGGUUGUCAACUCAUUUCUCUCCAGCCCUUUCCAGGAAAAUUGGUUCUUGCUCUUUUGCAGAAUUUGCAUUUAUCUCAAUAGUGCCAUCAACCCAGUGAUUUACAACCUCAUGUCUCAGAAAUUUCGUGCAGCCUUCAGGAAGCUCUGCAAUUGCAAGCAGAAGCCCACAGAGAAAGCUGCUAACUACAGUGUGGCCCUAAAUUACAGUGUCAUCAAGGAGUCAGACCGCUUCAGCACAGAGCUAGAUGACAUCACUGAAACGUAUGUGUCAACCACAAAAGUGUCAUUUGAUGACACCUGCUUGGCCUCUGAGAACUAAAGAAGGCUAUAAAGAACCCUGUAAUGUCCUCCAUGUAUGUUUAUUUCACAAUUAUGAUUUCAAAUAGUUCAGCAACAGAUGUCACCAGGCGAGUUCCAUACUUGGAAGUAGUUCACUAUUAAGAUUUUCAGUAACUUAGGAACUACAUCAAGUGUCAAGUUAAAUCUAUAGCAUUCUUAAUUCAAAACUCAAAUAAUCUUCUUUGACAGGAGUGAUCAUGGAUAUUUGUAUUCAAUGUUGUCAUGUCAAAAAAUAUGUAAAUAGCAUUCUUUUAUACCAAGCAAAUUCAUGCUAACCAAAUAGAAUAUGUUUAAUUCAUAUUUUAAGAAUUAUAUCU